AUGAUGUUUUUUAUAUUAUUCUUAUCUGUUUUAUCUAUUAUUUAUGGUAUAAACGAAAAUCAACAAACAAUUAAUAUAACUAUAAAUGAAGAAUUACCAUUGUCAACAAUACUUUUUAUAACAACAAAUAAUAUAACGUAUCGUCUAUUUGAUUCAGGUCGAAAUCAAAAUUCAUUUAUACAUUAUAAUACAUUAAAUGGCCAUAUUUCAUUAUCACAAUCACUAGAUCGUGAAUAUUUAUGUUCAGAACAUAUAUGUUCAUGUACAAAAUGUCAAUUAACUAUUGAAUUGAUCGAAUGGCAAAUACCAUAUCGUCUUUUGAAACUUAUUUUGAAUGUUGAUGAUAUUAAUGAUAAUAUACCAAAAUUUUCAUCGGAUAAUUAUAAAUUGAAUAUUAUAGAAAAUGCUCCUAUUGGUUUUGAAUUACCAAUCGAAUCAGCGUAUGAUACAGACUUUGGUGAAAAUAGUCGAAUUCAUUAUGAACUUAAAAAUCAGAGCAACGGGCCAUUUGAAUUAGUAACAAAAAUAAAUGGAGGUUUAACAUUGAAAGUUAUCGAAGAGAUUGAUCGAGAAAAACAAGAUUCAUAUCAAUUUCAAUUAAUUGCAUUUGAUCAAGGAAAACCAAGACAACAAAGUUCAACGAAUUUAUUUAUUCAAGUCAAUGAUAUGAAUGAUAAUUCAGUUCUUCUUUCUGAAACAUACAUUCAAUUACAUGUGAGCGAGAAUGCACCUGUAGGAACUGAAUUAAUAUUUGUUAAUGCAACAGAUAAAGAUAUUGGACUUAACGGAAAGAUUCAUUAUUCAAUCAGUAAUGGUUUUCCGUCUUCCAGUUGGAGAGAUUAUUUUCGUAUCGGAGAUUCUAAUGGAAUAAUAACACUUAUAAAUCCUCUUGAUUAUGAAUCUGAACAAUCUUAUCGAUUAACCAUUCAAGUUCGAGAUCGAGGCGAAAACUCUCUUGCGUGUUUUGUCACAAUUGACAUAUCGAUUGUUGAUGAAAAUGAUAAUUCUCCACAAGCAUUUAUUACUUUUGUUAAUCCACUUAAAAAUAAUUCAAUAAUAUCCAUUAUUGAGAACACUCCCAUUGGUGAUAUUUUAGCGCAUAUUUCAAUAUCUGAUAGAGAUUCAGGAUUAAAUGGUGAACUAUCAUAUAGAAUUGAACAAGGUGAAGAUUUAAUUGGAAUAAAAAUACUUGAUGAAAAAUCAUUUUUACUUAUUGUUAAUUGUUGGAUCGAUCGUGAAGAUGAAAAUUUAAAAUUUAAUAAAUUUAUUUUAAUUAUAUCUGAUCAUGGAAAACCUUCGAAAUCAAUACGAUUAGAAUAUCAAAUAAAUAUUAUUGAUUUAAAUGAUUCACCACCUAAAUUUAAUUCAUUAAUAAACUGUAAUUUAGAUUUAAAUCUAUUAAAAAAUCGAUCAUUAGAUCAACCUUUAUUUCAAGUAGAAGCAAUCGAUUUCGAUUUAGAAGAUAAUGGUCUUAUUUCUUAUUCUAUUAUUUCUCCAUUAAAUCAUUCAUUUCUUAUUAAUGAUCGUGGUGAAGUAUUCUAUUUGAAUCAUUUUAAUGAAUCUUCUUAUCAUCUGAAAAUCAUGGCGAUUGAUCAUGGAAAAGCAAUUCGAUUAAAUUCAACGUUCACUUGUCAUUUAUUCACUUCUAACGAUAAUGAUUUUGAGAAUUUAAAUAAGUCUCAAUCAUUAAUCGAUAGUAAAGUAAUAUUUCAAUACAACUACUUCUAUCUAUUUAUUAUUUUUUUAACAUUUAUCUUUCUGUUAAUGAUAUUCUGUUUUUAUAAAUUUAUAUUUAAUCAUCAACAAUGUUUAAAUAGAAACAAAACAUAUCAUUUAUAUGUUUCUAUUCCUCGAAAAUCAUCGUAUAAUAAUAAUAAUGAAAGUGUUUCUAGUAGUCAAAUUAGUGAUAAUCAAUCAGAAGAUUAUGAAAGACUUGUACAAAUACAUAACGAGCAAGGAUUUGAUAAAAUUUCAUUAUUAAAUCAUCAUCAAUUUUGUCCAAUUGUUCGAAACAAUUCUUCAUCAUUAAUAUCUUCUGUAAGUAUUUCAACAAAAUCUCCACAUGAACUCAUGCCUGAAUUGAAACAAGAUAGUCGACCAGUUUCUUUAUCGAUUUCAACAGCAACAACAUAUACCAGUACCGGAGCAGAUGUAUCACUUAAAUUUAAUAAUACAAAUUCAACUUUCGUUCGUCUUGCAGAAGAAGAAAACAUUGAUGUUUAA